UUGGAGGGGCAAUUGUGGCAGACUUCAUAAGUAACUUCACUCUGAUCACAAAUCAGAUCUACUUUUUGACCAGAGCAGUGGUCCUACUGACCUAUACAAUUGGAUCUAUUACUCCUAAACCAACAUACAAGGAACUUUUCAUUCGGGACUUGACGGAGAAACCUCUGGAUCAACAAUAAUAUGGGAAAAGAAAAUACCUUUUUGGUCACCGUUUGGAUAAUUCUGGCAAAUAUCUAUGUAUCUUUUUCAAGUACACCAGAACAAACACUUUUUGGUAACAGCAACUCUACUGAAUGGCUUGAGGACUACACCGACAUUGUAUCCAAGUUCUCCUUGAGAACUGCUGCGAUACCCGAUGAUGACUUGUGCUACAUCGUUCCCGGCCAGCCCUUAACCAUCCCAGAGUGUGAAUUCAACCCUGGGUAUAAGACGUUCGUGGUCAUUCAUGGAUGGACGGUCACAGGGCUGUUUGAGAGCUGGGUCCCUAAGCUGGUGACAGCGCUGUACAAGAGGGAGCCCAAGGCCAACGUGAUCGUGGUGGACUGGUUGACCCGGGCCCAGCAGCACUACCUCACCUCCGCAGCCAACACCAAGCUGGUGGGCAAAGACGUGGCCAAGUUUGUAAAUUGGCUGCAGAAAACGCUAGACUACCCCUGGGAGAAGAUACAUCUGCUGGGCUACAGUCUGGGUGCUCAUGUAGCCGGCAUCGCUGGUCUCCUCACCAACCACAAAGUCAGCAGGAUCACAGGUUUGGACCCAGCCGGCCCGACCUUUGAGUUUGCUGAUGCCCAGAGCACCCUGUCCCCUGAUGAUGCUCUAUUCGUGGACGUCCUGCACACCAACACCCGGGGCUCACCAGACCGCAGCAUCGGCAUCCAGAGACCCGUGGGCCACGUGGACAUCUACCCCAACGGAGGAACCUUCCAGCCAGGCUGUGACCUGCAGAACACCAUGAUGAUGAUCGCCACCACCGGCAUCCGUAAUAUGGACCAGCUCGUGAAAUGUUCCCAUGAGCGCUCCAUCCACCUGUUUAUCGACUCGCUUGUGAACGCAGCAGAACAUCAGACCAUGGCCUACCGCUGCAGCUCCAAGGAGGCCUUCAUGAAGGGAAUGUGUCUCAACUGCCGCAAGAACCGCUGCAACAAGGUGGGCUACGGUGUCAACAAGGUCCGCCUGCCUCGGAGCGCCAAAAUGUACCUCAAGACCCGCGAGAUGAUGCCCUUCAAACUUUUCCAUUACCAAGUGAAGGUGCAUUUCUUCAGCAGUGAGAAACUGGCCUACACUGAGCAGCCCAUGAAAAUCUCUCUGUACGGAACCCAUGAUGAGAAGACAGAUAUUCCUUACACCAUGCCCUUUCUGAACACCAACAGCACUGUGUCAUUCCUGCUGACCACCGACGUGGAUGUCGGGGAGUUGCUUAUGGUCAAGCUGCGCUGGGAGAAAGAUGCCUAUUUCAGCUGGUCUGACAUUUGGGGCAACAAAAACUUCCACAUCCGCAAAAUACGUGUCAAGGCCGGGGAGACUCAGUCCAAGGUGAUCUUCAGCGCUAAAGAUGGAGAGUUUGCCUACCUCGUCAGAGGAAAAGACGACGUAGUCUUUGUCAAGUCAAAAGAGGACAACAUGAGCCGGAAAGAGAAAAUGAUGCACAGACUCAAGAUGCAGGGAAGCCUCUUCAAGAAGAACAUUGCAUGAAGCAGCACUUGAAUAGAGUUCACACUGAACCACACAGCCAAAGCUGAGCUGGAUGGAGCCUGGGAGAAUACGCUGGAGAGAAGAUAGGGGAUUUAAGUCUCUGACCUGUACUGUAUGUUCUGCCUCCCAACCUGUGUCAUCUCAUCUCCACCCCCAAGCACAAUCACUUUUCUUCUAUUAACCAUCAUCAUGGAGAGUGUUACAAUUGCUUUUUUAUGGUUUUGACUUGGUCUAACGUUGCUACAUUAUCUUUUUAAUCCUUCAUCUCAACUGUGUUUAUGUAUACCUACUAUAUCAAAUCAAUUAAUUUCUAACCCUAUACUAGGUAGUUCCGAUUCAAACUUCCGAAUCAAAGAGAUUGACGUAGAUUCCACUUUUAUAAAAUAUUUUUGCCACAUUCAGUAUGCACACUAUAAUAAUCAUGUCACUAAUGCUGUCAUGCCUAAACCACUAAUUGCCACCAUCACAGGGACGAAAGAUGGUGACACUGUCUACUGAAUUGAAUAUUGCAGUGAUCCGUGUAAAUAGCUUUUCGAUCAGUAUUAUAUAUAUGAGUUAUCAUUGUAGAUUAAUUCCCUGCUUGUUCUUUGUGUGCAUUUGGUUAUUGUGUUUGGCACUGGUCACUUUAAGGGCGUUAGUCCCUGUCAGUCAAUUUGAUCAUUCAUCAACUAGUUAAACUGGAUUGUUAUGUUUAGAUCAUUCUUUAAUUGGUCACUGGACUUCUGAAGAAUAGAGGUCACAAGCAGAAGUUAGUAUGUCCUUAAUACUUCUAUUACUUCCUUUAUAGGUCAAAAAUCAUGUGGAAACAAUGACCUUAACCCUAUUGGUCAAGCAUGCCCUCUAAAACAUGCCAUUUUCUUUUAAAAGGUCAAACAAAAUGCUACACUAAAUGUAUAACUUAUGUGAGACUUUGCAAACAUGGGUUGGCAGCCCUACAUAAUAGCCAUAAUACAUCCCAAGAAUGUUUCAUAUUCUAUUUAUUGAAUGUACCUGUAUAUAUUUGUAUAUUAACCUGUAAUAUAUUUGGGCAGAUUUCCAUAGCUGUCACUGUUUUUAUAGAUGAAGCAGUGUGAUUUUAUGUGUGUGGCUUUGGACAGACUGAUCAAAUUGGUCUCCAUGCCAGCUGAUGAGUGCAUUUAUUUUUCUGAACUGAAAUGCAGUGCACUCUAUGAAGACAAAAAAAUUAUACUUUAAUCAAGUGAAUACAUUAUACAUUUUGGUAUUCUUUGAUUUUUUUUACCACCCUAAACUACAUAUUGUGUUCUUGAAUUCCUUCGAUAUUAUUCUAACCCUAGAACAUAUAAACAGUAAAUAGAUACAACAUGUAGCUAUUCUUAGGAAUUAACCUUUCUAUAUGACCAAAAAGAAGACAUUAUUCAAAUCUCUGUCAACAUAACUCAAUAGCAUGGUGUGAAUUACAGUGGAGCCGGCGUGGGGGGAGGGCUCAGCUCCCCUGAAUGAGAUGUUAGCUCCCCUAAAUGCAACAAAAGUACAACUUUGGGGGGUCUCUAAAUAAUGCUAAUUCAACCAUUCUCCUAUUUGUUUAACAUUAAGUGUUAAAUAUGUUUUACAGUGGUAAAUAUGAAAUAAAAUAUUCAAAUGAAA